UAAGCGGCGCUAGAGGAUCCUCUGAGUGUGGCAUGAGCCGCCAUUUUAGCAGCCCUUGAUCUAGUGUGGAGACGUGCUUCCACUUAGCUACUUUGUUACCCAGAGGAAACCUUCCCGAAUCCCUUCACCAUGGCUAUGCAAGCAGCAAAACGGGCGAACAUACGAUUGCCCCCGGAAGUGAACAGAAUAUUGUACAUCCGAAAUCUGCCCUAUAAAAUUACCGCGGAAGAAAUGUAUGAUAUAUUUGGGAAAUAUGGACCUAUAAGGCAAAUCAGAGUUGGAAACACACCAGAGACCAGAGGAACUGCUUAUGUUGUGUAUGAAGACAUAUUUGAUGCUAAAAACGCCUGUGACCACUUGUCUGGAUUUAAUGUCUGCAACAGAUACCUUGUUGUCUUGUAUUACAACGCAAACAGGGCUUUCCAGAAAAUGGACACAAAGAAGAAAGAAGAGCAACUGAAACUUCUCAAGGAAAAAUAUGGCAUCAACACAGACCCACCGAAAUAGAUCUUCUAAAAGUCCAUCCCCACCAGCUCAUGUUUUAUAUACAACAAUUUAUUGUAAGAAAUGUUCUUAUUUCACUAUUGUAAGUAAUGUUUUUCAAUGUGUAAAAAGUGAUGAUGCAUUCGAGGGAACAUUUGCUCGGAUGCGUGAAUGCCAUUUUUUUAUUACUCUAAAGAUUCUCAUGAAUGUUCUUGCCUUGCUGAUUUUCUGUAUUUAAUUUCUGUAUUAAAAUUCAUUAUUUCCCAA